AUGCCAAUGAAUUUAAUGCAUCAGGCCAAUGGUUUGACCAACCGUACCGUGCUGAAAUACGGCACACUCAACAUAUGCCACCACGGGAAUGGGAAUAUAUACCAGGCGCUCAAGACAAUACGAGAGUUGAACCUGGACUUUGGAUUUUUGACGGAGAUCAAGGCGAACAAUCCCGCGAUGUUUGUACGUUUGUACGCGGGUUAUUGUGUGGCGGAAAUCGCGCUGGGGGGAAGCCUCACACAAGGAGGAGUUUGUUUCUUCUGGCGCGAGGAGUCGGAACGCUUCUUGGUCGAAAGUGUGCACAAUUCGGGCCAAAUGUCGCCUCAUGUGUGCUUGUUUCUGGCGGCCUACGUUGGAGGUGGCACUACAAGGGGCAGAGAGGGAUAUGGAGAUACUGCAUACGGGCAAUAUCAACAUGGAUCUCUCAGAGCCGGGGGAGACGGUCCGGGACAUCGAAGUUUGCACAGUGCUCAGCAGCUUUGGGCUGCAGGACUUGACCCGGCACUUUUGGCAGCAAACCCAACACCGCCACCGCUGGACAUGGCAAGUGAAGCGGAAUGGCCGGGUAGUACACUUGCGGAACAGCGUGGUAAUGGGGACCAACCGCCGAUUUAUUUAGGCAGUCAAGACUGUGGACCCCCCUCGUUUUGA